AAGCUGACACGAGUGCGGUUUCACAUGCAUAUUCGAGAAGGCUUGGCGAACAUUGGUACAUAAUUUGGUGGGAAAUAAAACCGGCAGCAAACCUUACAAAUAACGUCAACUCGACGAAGAAUCUCGUGUGAAGAAAAGACUCUCCUGGUGGCGUGGCGAAACCGUAAUCAACAAUUAGGAUAUCUUUAAAUCAUUGACGCGUUCUUUGAAGCAUUUUGUAAGAAAUUUAUUUGGCUUUGCCCUGUUGAAAGAGCUAUUUACAAUAAACUGUGUGUUAUUGAGAAUAUGCACGAAUUUGAUGACUAUUUGUGAAUACACCACUCAAAGUCCUCCAAAUCUCCGCUCAAAACAAGACCUGUUAAUAUCAAUACACGAACGACAGUGAUCGUCACAUCAGAUCUGGUUCCUCAAGUUUCUUUUAAUGCCUGAUGGUCAAACAGCGAAUACCUAAAAUUCAUAGACUUAAAAAUGGUUACUUAAGGUCAUGGAGACGGACACGAAUAUUCACGCUGAUUCUUGUAGUGUUUGGAAUUACACAGGUUGCAUUCGUGAUCACGUGGCACUAUCGUGCACCCAUAUCGAAACGGGAUGUAUUUAGGGUACGUCAUGUAAAAAAGGAUAUAGGAUCAGUCAUAAAUAAUCAAAGGAAACUUAAAGUUUUCAACGAGUUCAAAGGUACACCAGAUCAACUUUUGAAAAACCUAAAAUCUGGCUUCGGCGGACAAAUUAAGAUAGAAUAUUCCGUGCCACGUGAUGCGGAAAAUAUCACGUUUGAGUAUUCCAAGGCAUCUUUUCCUAGAAAAAUUCAAUUUUCGAAGGUCGACCCUAAAGUUCGGGCGCAAAAGCCUGCGGGCUAUGUGCGUGUUUUCGGGCAGUACUGGGAACAAAUGACGAUGAAUUUGCGCAACCUGAUCAGUUUGGUGGGUCAGGCGAAAAUUGGGAAUAGAAAAGUCUUGGAACCGAAGGUGAAAGACUCCGGGUUUGGGCGCGACGGGAAAUCAUUAGGACUCUAUUUCGACCUGAAACACUUUAACGAUAUCUUAGUGGCCAGUGAUUAUGCUACGAUGGCCAAUCAGAAUGAGUACAAUAGAGAAUGCCCAUUGGCUAGCAAAAGUCAUGUGACCAUACACUUCCUUUAUUCUCAAAAAGGGAUCGAUUUCACUAAACAAAAGUUAAAGUUGAAUGAUAAACAGUACAAGGAUAUUAGCGCGAAAGCUAGCAAGUCAGGUUGGACUGAAUGCAAAGCUCUUACGAAUUUUAUCAAAGAGAGUUCAAAUUCUAAACAGUUCUGUGUGGACCCCUCUAAGUACACGACGUGGGAUAAACUAGAAAAGGAGGUUCUCAAAGGCGCGAAGUGUGUGACUAUCAGCCAUUGGCGAGGCAUUGGAGGCGGAUAUCGAACGUAUUUCAGUGAGAAUGCAUUUAAAAUCAAAGCUCGUGACAUUCAAUUUGCCCUCAAGCCUCCUGUGAAUAUUGCGAGGGAGGCAGAUAGGUUUCAAAAUCACUACCUUCAUGGCCGUUUUAUUGCAGUGCAGGUGCGCGGGGAACGAGUGGUAAUCCCCCAUAAUUUGAAGCGACUCGGAAGUUGUCUUCGAAUCCUGGCUGAUGUCGUGAGCAUGUUGAAAGAGCUCUCGGACAUCACGCACGUCUUCGUCGCGUCGGACAUGUCGAAUUUUGGUUCUGGUUCCUGGAAAGGUUCUUUGAAAGGCGAGGUUUACAACGAUAACACCUUGAAAGAUCUUAACAGUUUUCUUAUAUCAAGUACGGGGGGGAUCGAGUACAAGCCACCCGCUAGCGACGUCGAUCGCGGUGUGGUUGCGUUGGUCGAGAUGGCGCUCAUUGAGCGUGCGCAACAUUUGAUAACCAUAGGUAUGGGAUCUUUCCAAGAAUGGAUUAAAGCAAAAUUCCUAGAAAAACAUCGCGACGAGGGUCGACCGUCCUGGUCGCUUAUCACCAUGUGUUCAAAAUAGAUAAAUUCUUUAGAAAUGUUCUUUAGAAGGUUAUCUACAAUCCGGUUUGCGCAUGUGCUAGACCGUUGUUUAUAUUUGAAUGAUUUGUUUACUUGUCCACAAAAAGUGUUCCCUAGUCCGAUUGUGUAAAUGGGAACCAAUGUUUACCUAUAGUUACAUACAUAUUUCGAUUAUGUUAAGAGAUCAAUAUAAAUUGAUUUUUGCCGUUAAACAAGCUUUUGUUGACAUGCGCAAACCGAGUUAUAGAAGCCAUAUCAAUCUAGGUGAUCCUCGGGCUCAUACUUUAGCCAAUGAUCGCGGGAUAAUAAUAACGAUAAUAAUAUUGGAAAGAACUGGUUAUGAGACGAGUUUUGACUGUCCAAAUAUAUAGAAAUUUCAAAUUUAUUCCAUAGCAUAGAGUCUUUAUAUAUUGAGUGAAAAAUACUGUACCUAUUGUCUGUAUAGGAAGCAAUUUUUUUGCAGUUUAGUUCAUUGUAAAUGAACACUUGUAUUUAAAUAAAGUGCACUACAAAUCUAGUGAUACAAGUCUUUCAUUAGCGUUGUCAGCACGUCUUUAUAUUGAGAACUGCGACCACAUAUAUCUUUGAAUGCGACUAAUGUAUGAAAGGACAGAAUUUUGGGUGAAAACAAUUAGAUUCACUAGAAACACUUAGACUUUUUCUACUUUUUCUUACUUCUGUGUUUAAAAGAAGCAUCAACAAGGUGAUCAAAUAUUUUUAUUCAUCAUAACA